UAUUUUUUUAAUACAUUUAUAUACUGAACCUCCAGACCUUUUCUUUUUAAAGAGUUCAGUUUACUUACGACUAGUUUUCCAUGGAGCCAAACAUUUACUCGGUCAACGAGCUUCAUCAUUUCUCUUCAUGUUGUAUUGGAUUUCGCCCUCUGAACUCCAAACCCACCGUUAAAUUUUCUCAAUCUUCAACCUUCAAUGGAUUCUCUCCUCGAGGCCUCCGCCCUUUGAGGGUGGGGUUUCGGUCGAACUCGCGGAUUAUCGCCUGCAGCUCUGUAGCAGAACCUGAAACGGGAACUUCUUCCCCGGCAGCCGAGAGCAGCGCCGUCUCCGUCAAUCCGGUUUAUGUCCCCACGCCGGCUAAUCGAAACGCUCGUACUCCUCACAGCGGGUACCAUUUUGAUGGAACUACUCGACAAUUUUUCGAGGGUUGGUACUUCAAGGUAGCAAUCCCAGAACAAAGACAGAGCUUUUGCUUCAUGUACUCGGUGGAGAAUCCUGCGUUUAGGAGGAAAUUGACGCCAUUGGAAAUGCUGCAGCAUGGACCUAGAUUUACAGGAGUUGGGGCUCAAAUUCUUGGUGCUUAUGACAAGUAUAUAUGUCAAUACACUGAGGAAUCUCAAAACUUUUGGGGAAGUAGGCAUGAGUUAAUAUUGGGGAAUACAUUUUUAGCCAACAAAGACUCACGACCUCCAAGUAAGGAGGUUCCUCCGCAGGAAUUCAAUAGAAAAGUUUUGGAAGGCUUCCAAGUUAGCCCACUUUGGCAUCAAGGUUUUAUUCGUGAUGAUGGCAGGACAACUUAUGCUAAUAUUGUUAAAACUGCACGUUGGGAGUACAGUACUCGCCCCAUCUAUGGAUGGGGUAAUGUUGGGUCCAAGCAGAAGUCAACAGCUGGCUGGCUUGCAGCUCUUCCCAUAUUUGAACCCCAUUGGCAAAUUUGCAUGGCUGGUGGACUUUCAACAGGCUGGAUAGAGUGGGACAGUGAAAGGUUUGAGUUUCAAAAUGCCCCUUCAUAUUCAGAAAAGAAUUGGGGUGGAGGCUUCCCUAGAAAAUGGUUCUGGGCUCAAUGUAAUGUCUUUGAAGGUGCAAGUGGGGAAGUUUCUCUGACUGCUGGUGGUGGGUUAAGGCAACUGCCUGGUCUGACUGAGACCUUUGAAAAUGCUGCAUUGAUAGGAGUGCACUAUGAUGGAGUUUUCUAUGAAUUUGUGCCAUGGAAUGGUGUUGUAUCUUGGGAAAUUGCUCAAUGGGGUUCAUGGUACAUGGAGGCGAAGAACGAGACACAUAUGGCUGAGUUAGAAGCUACAACAAAUGAUCCAGGUACAACAUUGCGUGCUCCAACGACAGUGGCUGGCCUUGCUCCAGCCUGUAAGGACACUUGUUUUGGUGAUCUAAGAUUGAAGAUCUGGGAAAAAAAAUCUGGCGGCACUAAGGGGAAGCUAAUCUUGGAUGUUAAAAGUGACAUGGCAGCAGUAGAAGUAGGAGGAGGGCCGUGGUUCAACACUUGGAAGGGCGAGACUACAACACCAGAGGUCAUUAAAAAUGCUCUACAAGUUGAUGUUGAUGUGGAAGGGAUUUUUGGUUUGGCUCCAUUUUUCAAACCCCCCGGGCUAUAAGAGAUCAUUGCGUUUGUUCACAGAGAGGAAUAUACUCUUCAAUCUUCAUGGUUCCAUGAGAAAGUGUUGUAGCCUGAUGAUCAAUGCUAGUCUGUUGGUUUUCAGCAACUGACAAAACACAAUGACAAGUAUAAAUCAUAUAGUAACAAUUUGUAUAAGACAGGUCGUACUUGAAUAGUUAGGUUGGCUAAAUUUUUAGCGUGGUGCGUCCUAUCACCUAAUUCUCUGGCCUAAUUAAUGGCAAUUUGAACUUGUAGUUAGGCAAGGUAUUUGGCAAAUUGCUGAAAUGGAUAAGAAAUUGUUUGUUCA